GUGGAUCAAGUUUGAGGAGAAGGUAGAACAAGGUGGGGAGCGAUGGAGCAAACCACAUGUGGCCACCUUGUCCCUGCACAGCUUGUUCGAGCUGAGGACGUGUAUAGAGAAGGGCUCCAUAAUGCUGGAUAUGGAGGCCUCUUCCCUCCCACAGGUGGUGGAGAUGAUCGUUGACAAUCAGAUCGAGACGGGGCUGCUGAAAUCCGAACUGAAGGACAAGGUGACCUAUACGCUGCUCCGGAAGCACCGGCACCAGACCAAGAAAUCCAACCUGCGCUCACUGGCUGACAUUGGAAAGACAGUCUCCAGUGCAAGUAGGAUGUUUUCCAACCCCGAUAAUGGCAGCCCAGCCAUGGCUCACCGAAACCUGACAUCCAGCAGCCUGAACGACAUCUCAGACAAGCCUGAGAAGGACCAGCUGAAGAAUAAGUUCAUGAAGAAGCUGCCCCGUGAUGCUGAGGCCUCCAACGUGCUGGUUGGGGAGGUGGAUUUCCUGGAGAGCCCGUUCAUCGCCUUCGUCCGGCUGCAGCAGGCCGUCAUGCUGGGGGCCCUCACCGAGGUCCCUGUGCCCACCCGGUUCCUCUUCAUUCUGCUGGGACCAAAGGGCAAAGCAAAGUCCUAUCACGAGAUCGGCCGAGCCAUCGCCACGCUAAUGUCGGAUGAGGUAUUCCAUGACAUUGCCUAUAAAGCCAAGGACCGGCAGGACCUGAUUGCAGGCAUUGAUGAGUUUCUGGAUGAAGUCAUUGUGCUCCCCCCUGGGGAAUGGGAUCCAGCCAUUAGGAUAGAGCCCCCCAAGUCUCUCCCUUCUUCAGAUAAGAGGAAAAACAUGUACUCAGGUGGAGAAAACCUCCAGAUGAAUGGAGACACCCCUCAUGAUGGAGGACAUGGUGGUGGGGGCCACGGGGACUGCGAGGAGCUGCAGCGGACGGGCAGGUUCUGUGGAGGUUUGAUCAAAGACAUAAAGAGGAAAGCACCGUUCUUUGCCAGCGACUUCUACGAUGCUUUAAACAUCCAGGCCCUCUCAGCCAUCCUCUUCAUCUACCUGGCCACUGUCACCAAUGCCAUCACCUUUGGGGGAUUGCUUGGGGAUGCUACAGAGAACAUGCAGGGCGUGUUGGAGAGCUUCCUGGGCACAGCCGUCACCGGCGCGAUAUUUUGCCUUCUGGCUGGUCAGCCCCUGACCAUUCUGAGCAGCACAGGACCCGUCCUGGUCUUUGAGCGACUACUCUUUAACUUCAGCAAGGACAAUGACUUUGACUACCUGGAGUUCCGCCUCUGGAUCGGCCUCUGGUCAGCCUUCCAGUGUCUCAUCCUCGUGGCCACCGACGCCAGCUUCCUGGUCAAGUACUUCACCCGUUUCACUGAAGAAGGAUUCUCCUCCCUCAUCAGCUUCAUCUUCAUUUAUGAUGCUUUCAAGAAGAUGAUCAAGCUGGCAGAUCAUUAUCCCAUCAACUCCCAGUUCAAGGUGGACUAUAUCACGCAUUUCUCUUGUGCCUGUGAACCACUAGACCCAGUUAAUAGCUCAUUAUUUAACGGCACAACGGUGCCGCCAACCGAUGAGCUCCUCUCUUCCUCCACUGACUCGUACAACACCACCAUUGACUGGUCAGCUCUGACAGCCAAGGAUUGCUUGAAGUACGGGGGACAGCUCGUGGGCAACAACUGUGACUAUGUCCCUGACAUCACCCUCAUGUCUUUCAUCCUCUUUUUCGGCACUUACACCUGCUCCAUGGCCCUGAAGAAAUUCAAGACCAGUCGCUAUUUUCCCACCACUGCCCGGAAGCUUAUCAGUGACUUUGCCAUUAUCCUGUCCAUUUUCAUUUUCUGUGGAAUAGAUGCCCUGGUAGGUGUGGACACACCAAAACUAAUUGUGCCAAGUGAAUUCAAGCCAACCAGUCCUGAGAGGGGUUGGUUUGUCCCACCUUUUGGAGGGAACCCAUGGUGGGUGUACCUGGCAGCAGCCAUCCCUGCACUGCUGGUGACCAUCCUCAUCUUCAUGGACCAGCAGAUCACUGCUGUCAUUGUCAACAGGAAGGAGCACAAGCUCAAG